UGCCAACGCGUUACUCAAUUCGGCGUGCCCUCAUCCUCGCAAACAUCAUACCUCUUUGGGUAUCACUGUUCACUGGAUCAACCACGAACAUCCAUCUUCGACCUUUUAUUUUUAAUUCCACCCACAUUUUCUUCAAUUAUGACUGACAUCACCGCUGUCGCCGAUGAGAACCCUUCUCCAACCCAGGAAGACCUCGUUCCAGGUGGCAACGGAGCUGUCGAAAAUCGAGGCACCAAGCGUCCCCGUCUCAGUACCGCUGAGGACGACGACGACGAUGAGGACAAGCCGGGACGUGAGCGUCGCAAGAUCGAAAUCAAAUUCAUCCAGGACAAGUCCCGUCGCCACAUCACGUUCUCAAAGCGAAAGGCUGGAAUCAUGAAGAAGGCAUAUGAAUUGUCGGUCCUCACCGGUACCCAAGUACUCCUACUAGUAGUCUCCGAGACUGGCCUUGUAUACACCUUCACAACUCCCAAACUACAGCCUCUCGUCACCAAGGCGGAGGGGAAGAACCUAAUUCAAUCCUGUUUGAAUGCUCCGGAGCCUACCAGCGCCGAAAAUGGCGUUGAGGCGCCCGAAGUUCCCUCAGAGACGGCCGACGAUGUCUCCCACGCUAGUGUUAGCGCUCAGCAGGCGCAAAUCCCGCGGCCUGGCCCCAUGCAUCCAGGCUAUAUGACCGCCGACCAGCAGCAACAGAUGGCCUACUAUCAAAAUCUCCAACAACAACAGCAACAAGCACAGGCUGGAGGUCAGUAUCCGGGGAUGCCAGUUGGUGGUCGUAUACCUCCGCAGCACCAACCCACAGCUUAAUGUGUUUCUUUACGCUAUCCCCCUCACUGCUGUUUCUAUCUUCUGGCCAUUGAAUACUUGACCCAUAUGUUUAUGUUCAUCCCCUUACUCAAUCCUGCCCCCUUUUAGCACACUUCCAUGAACACUCUCCUUCAUCAUCGUCUCCCAACACUAUCGAGAUCUUUUUU